AUGUCCUAAGGAAAUUAAAAUCCAGAACUUUAAGCUGAAUAAAUUGAUAUAAUUCGAAAGAAACCUAGUCUAAAGUUUCAACCUGAAGAGAAUUAUCAAAAAGAUUAGUAUUACUUAUUUUAUUACUAAUUUCUAAAUUAGAAAUGAAUUAUAGAGUGUGAAAACCAAUAAGUAAGAACCUAUUUUUUUCCAAGAUCCUAAAUUGGAAGAUAAACAUUGUUUAUUAAAUAUUAUAGUAGUUAAAUAGAUAGAAUCUAAGCAAUUAGCUAAAUCGUAUACUCAAUAUUUAUUUGAUAUUAUUUUAGAAUUCAUGCAUCUCAUUAACUUGGAGGAGUAUUUUUAUUUAUAGUAACUGCAAUCAAACUACUUGGUUUAAAUAAAUUUACUACUAUUUCAUUUACUAUAGCCAUCUUGAUCAUUAUAUCGUAACAAAUAAAUAUUUUACAAUGAGUUCUUUACUCUGGAUUUUAAGUGUCGCCAUUGGGACAAUUGGUAUAAGAAGACAAAAACCUAAUUCUUUAAUCUUCUAUUUUUUGGGAAUAUUUGUGUCAUUUUUAAUUGAAUUUUCAAGUACUAUUGUUAUAAUGGCAACUAAUCACAUUGCUGAUCAUUAAUUAGGCAUUUAUAAUAAAAAUGUAGUAAUCAGGUUAUAAUAAUAUUCAUAUAUCUCAUAGGAUAAUUAUUUUUAUGACACUUGAAUUUAUGGUAAUUCUCUUUUAGAUCAUGAUGCUUAGAUCAGUAAGAUAAAUUAGAUAAUUAUUUAUUGACAUUGAAAGAUUGUAAAUGGAGAAUUAAAAUAAUAAUUAAAUCGAAAUCGAAAAAAUGUUAUGA